GGGAAGUUCCACUGUGCUAAUUAAUUGCAUAUUCAAUAACAAAUUGCGAGAUUUAAAAAGUCUUUAGAGAAGUACAGAUCUGAAGCUUCUAGGCUGAAAUAACAUGUCAAGUUUACAGCGUAUUUGGUUUCUUGGCAGAAAAGGGUUUCCCAGCAGAAGUUAUCGAUCAGCUGAACAUUUGAAUGGUUUUCCCUCAUAACAUUUGCCUUGAUCAACAGUUGCAAUAUACCAACCUUCUCCUUCAGUGUCAUUGCUGCUAAAUCGGAUAUCCUUUUAACAAACGAAAAUUCCGCCAACUGAGAAAGGAUUGUACUUUUCUUACUAAAAUUUCAGGACAGCGCAAGACCGCGCAAACGAGAAGCCAGGAGGUUCUUUUAGCGCAAAGAGAUCGCAUAAGGAUUAGUGCCAGUCUCCCUCGACCGUAAAUUCGCGGGUUUUUCAUAGUGGUCAGCAGUAUGUAUUGCGGCUUUACAGAACCAAAAUGGCGGAGUUCGGGCGGCGGAGGUGGAGAGAAUCGGUACACGAGAAAGAGUUUAUUCGUUUGAAAGAGAUGAAUUAUUGCCCAGAAACUGUUGUAGUACAUACUGCGUUUUUGUUAGCGGACAUAGAGGCUGUCCGAGGUCUAAACGAGUUAGAGAAAGGCAAGGGCAGUAAAGCGAUACAAAUCGUUUCAGAGGCUAUCGUGGAAAUGACGCAGAAAUCACCUCUUGACGAGAAAAACAAUUUACACCAAGUGGGAGCUACAGAACUUGAGUUUAAGAUCCAUUCCUGGGUAUUCUCCUCGCUGUUUAGGAGAUAUGGUGGCCUUGAGUUUGGCGAGUCACCCGAGGAAGAUUAUUUUGACAGCUUUCCGCCUUUGCCCCAAAUUGGCGUUAGUUUUUACCUAGAGCUGGUGCAGGAAGUGGGAUGGAGUGAGCUUUUGGUAGAAUGUCUCUAUGCCGUUGGUGUGGAAAACAUAACAUCACUUCUGGAGGAUGUCAUCAAGUGCCUUAUCCAAGACCCCAGCUUUAAAGAUCUCUCUCUUUUUCUCUGUCUUUUUAACUCUUUGUUAAUGACAGAAAAUCAGCAUCCAUCAACUGAGGAACAGGAGAGAAAACUAUGUGAUGUGCCUGGAACCAAGUCUCACUCAUUAGUGUUGCUGGAAGGUGUAGCUAGCCUCAAAGGGGAUUUUAUCAACUGGCCAGCAGCACAGCUGGAUUUAAUUAAAACUGUUAUUGACUUCGCCAUUACAGAUGUUGUUACUUUGAACUUUAGAAAACAUUGUGCAAAAGGGAAUGAGGAGACCUUAUCCAGAAACUGGCUUGGUCAAAACUCUGUAUCCUGUGAACAUGGGACGUGUUCUGUAGAGGGUGAUGGCCUGGUAGAAACAUCAAGUGUGAAAUCAAUCCAUAGAGAUGAUCUAAAGGCUCAUGGACAACAGAAACAAAUGUCAGACCUUGUUGUUUCAGCUGAAUGUACAGCUUGUUUUGAUUUUCUAUGUCAUGUUAUUAUAAAUGAUUGGAGAGUAACAUCAUGCUGGGAUCAAGAUGAUCAAUUGAAUAGUAUUGGUGAGAUAGAUUACAGAUCAUGGCAUCCUUUACACAAGUGGAUCAUAAAACUUUAUGCUGUGGCAUGCUUUUUUGUUUUGUACUCUGGUGACCACAAGCUGCAGGAGCAAGCUGUGAGGCUACAAAAUGGUCUCUCGGGGUAUGUCAAAGAAUAUGCGACAGAGAAUGAGCAUACAUGGGUCAAUGGCUUUAAAAAAAGAGAAUUGAUUGACUGCAAAGAAAGUUGCUUUAAAGAGGAAUUCAUUUCACCAGUUGGAUCUGUGGAUUUGUUGCUCUUUCAGCCAGAAACUAUGGAAGAACAAUUCCGCUUCUACUUACAAAUAGUUGAUGGCAGGUUAGAAGACUAUAAGGAAUGUUUUGAUUGGUUACUGAGUGCAGAGGAAUUUCACGGAGAAUCUGAUUGGCUGGAAUGCAUGAGGAACCAUGCAGUUGAGAUAAGUGAUGUUCAACAUGCUCUUAAAAUGAUUGACAUUAUCUACAUGCAAAGGCAGUGUCUUUGUGCUGAUGAGAAAUCCAAUGACACAGUCUACAGAGAAAUGAAAGAGACUUUGUUGACUUUGCAAUCCCAGUUGCCUUGUUCUGCUCAGCAACAGAUCAUAGAGUAUGCUUUCUUCAUGAGUUGCUCUUUAAGAUGUCCUGAAAAUGAGUCAAUAUUCUUUCACCCUUGGUUGGUGGCUGAGGAGAGAAUGGCAUUUCAGCAGGAGCUUGUUAUGACCUUCAAUAAACUGAUUGACAUUAGCGAGGAAGAUCAACUUCAGUCAUCUGCAAUAGAUCUGGCUAGAGCUGCACUGCUUUCAGCACCCCUCACUCUUAACAAGGCUUUAGAGGAAGGAGUUAAAAGUGCCGGUCACACAAAGACAAUCUGUUCUGUGCUGCAAAGGUGUCCUGUAUUGUGUUUGUUGAGACAUGACAAAUCAGAUUCCUCGAGAACACUACUUUGCCAGGCAAUCAUUACAGUCACAGUGAGUGUAUCAUCAAGACAACAGGAGAAUAAUCUGUUGAACAUGAUGGCUGCCUUUUUGACUUUCAGUCCUACACAACUACUCAGUGUUCAGGAGUUUACAGAAGCCAUUGUGCUACCAUUUCUGAACAACAACAACAUUCAAGGAGCUAUUCCCACAGCCCUUGCCCUUAAACUUCACAACAUCUCAAUGGAAGCAGUCAUGGCAUCCAUUUCAGUCCAACUUCCAUUCCUCCAAAAACAUGUGUUACCUAUCAUCCUGUGCCUGUGCGAGCUACUGAAUGAUUGCAAUGUGUUCUGGGAUGGUAUAGCUCCAGUGCACUCUCUGUCAGAGAUAGAAGAGCUUAGAGAACUGAUACUCAAGGCUUUGGAGGAUGAAAUCAAGAUUUGUUUUGAGGUACUCAAAACAAACCCUUCAUUUGCUAGGGGUGUAGAAUGGCUACAGAAAAGGCUAAAGAGUGGAUUUGAUUGGACUAUUCCACUUCAUUUGGAGCAACUCUUUAGUGCAGCAUACAUCACAUACAAGUUGUCCAUCCCUGACUGUUUGUUGUUGGUGUGUGAGGAGUCUAGAAACAAGUGGAUGGCAGACUUGGAAUAUGAUGCAGAGAAUGUAUUUACUGUGCUGUUCGAAUACUGUCGUGUAUCUGACUCAACCCUGGAAUGGAUUCUGGAAAAUCUCGUCCCAAACAAAUUAACCAGUGGCUUUGACAACAUUUGGAGAAGUGUAGUGACUAGUUUAACACAGAUUCUUCCUCACUGUACCUGGAAAGAGUGGAAGAGAAUACUUGAAAUGUGUCGACAUCUUAUCCAGAGAAGUAUAUUACAGCCUGACUUCACAGAAAGUGUUCCUUGUCUGCAGAAAAAGGAAAGUAAUCAAGGUAAUGUUUGACAACAGUUUUGCUGCUGGUGCUGUCUUAAUAAAAACUGAAAUUCCCAGUUUUUGUUGUAAACCAAGAACCACCUACCCCACCCAAUCUAAUGAUGGAAG